AUUACAAUCGUCGGGCCUGUUGCCAAUAUAUUGCAAAUCUUUUAAUUUCUACCUAAAUGUUGUGUUAAUAGGAAAGGUUCAACCAUGGUGGAUUUAUGCAUUAAAGUGGGCCCAUGGGGUGGUGAAGGAGGGACAAAUUGGAGCUACCAUCCAAAAGCAGAGAUUAUAGAAAUUAUAAUCCGCUCAGGAUGGGCCAUAGAUUGUAUCUCUUUCAAAUGCAAUGACAUGAAUGGUAGUGAAGAUUCCCUGAGAUUUGGUGGUGAUGGUGGAAGUGAGCAUAAGGUUUCCAUUGAUUGGCCAAACGAGUACCUAACUUGUAUUAGUGGGACUGUCGGCCCUUUUUUCUCUCUUGGAGGUAUUUUGAGAUCCCUUCACUUCCAAACAAAUCGAAAGAAAUAUGGACCGUAUGGUUGGGAGGUAGGAUAUCGUUUUACUUUACCAAUUGAAGGCGGUAGCAUUGUUGGAUUCCAUGGACGUGCUGGAAAACAUCUCGACGCAAUAGGGUUCUACAUAGAGCCCAGGACCACAUUCACAACUCGAGGUCAAGGCAAAAUGGUUAACAAUGUAACGGACAACGUGGUUCUGCCACGAGACCCCGGGCCGUGGGGAGGGGAUGGUGGCAACACUUGGGAUGACGGUGUAUUUUCUUGCAUUCGUCAACUCAUUUUAUUUGUGGGGAAGACCACUGUUAGUGGAAUAAUGAUAUUGUAUGGGAGAAGUAAUGGGCAGUCUUUUUUGUCAAAAAGACAUGGUUCUGGCGGUGACAUACAUAGAAUCAAACUGGAGUCGAGUGAGCACCUUGUUGACGUUGCUGGGUAUUUUGGGCCAACCGAGGGAAGCGACGGCUAUGAAGUGUUGCGAUCAAUAACCUUUUACACAAACAAGGGAAAAUAUGGACCUUUUGGUGAUGAAAUUGGUAGGGCAUUCAGCUCAACUUGUAGUAAUGCAAAGGUGGUUGGGUUUCAUGGGAGAAGUGGGGCAUUUAUAAAUGCUAUUGGAGUGCAUAAGCAAUAUUCCUAAACAUGUGCAUCAAAAUAAUAUUCCUAAACAUUAUGUGAUGUUAGUUUGUACUUGUUGGAUAUUGUUGGCUUGACAUUAGUAGACAAAUUAUAUCCUAAGUAAUGAGAGCGAAUUUAAAUGUAUAUGUUUAUUUAGUUCGAAUGAAUAAACAUAACUAUUUAAA